CUGAAGUAGUGAGAGAACAUUUCAACUAAGUUUGUGUGGUCGUGGUUAGCUGCUCUUCCUGUCAGAGACGCAGUGGCGGGGACAGACUAACACCGACCCGGCUCUCUUGGACUCGCAGGAUUUCACAAUGGAUGCACACCGGGGGUUUCUGUGUGUCUUGCCCGUGUUGGUGACUCUGUUCUCGGAGAGAUUUGUGGCGCUGGCUGCCUUCUCCCAGUCCCUGGACAGCGACUUCACGUUCACCCUGCCUCCCGGUCGGAAGGAGUGUUUCUACCAGACCAUGAGGAAAGAUGCCUCCCUGGAGAUUGAAUAUCAGGUAUUAGAUGGUGCAGGUCUCGAUGUAGAUUUCUAUAUCUCCUCUCCCUCUGGCCAAGUGCUGUUUAGUGACUACCGCAAAUCCGAUGGAGUACACACUGUUGAAACUGAGGACGGAGACUACAUGUUCUGCUUUGACAACACAUUCAGCUCCGUCUCUGAGAAGAUUAUCUUCUUUGAGUUGAUCCUGGACAAUAUGGAUGUAGAGAAAGAUCCAGAUGACUGGAAGGAGUAUGUUCAGGGAACAGACACACUGGACAUGAGGCUGGAGGACAUUAUGGACACCAUCAACAAUGUCAAGGCUCGACUUGGCAAAAGUGUACAUAUCCAGACCCUGCUGCGGGCGUUCGAGGCUCGUGACAGAAACAUCCAGGAGAACAACUUUGACAGGGUGAACCUUUGGUCAGUGAUAAAUCUCCUUGUCAUGAUGUUGGUGUCGGCAGUUCAGGUCUACCUUGUCCGCUCGCUCUUUGAAGAUAAAAGGAAAAUUCGUACAUAACACCACCACAAAUGGAGGGACAGAGAGAGAGAUAAACCAAUGCCCUCAGAUACCUUCAGGAUUUUUUUUGCAGCUGAUCUCCCGGCUUGUGACUCUUAACACAAGAUGAUAGCAGAAACACAACCAUGUCCAUGCAUGCAGACAUACUGAUAUUCCUAAUAAGAAAAUUUGACACAAUUGUUGAUUUGGUCUUCAAUCCACUGGAGUUUGAGGGGCAGCAGGAGCCUUGGAACUUGUAACCGUCAUCUCCUCGACUUUGUAACCUCAGUCUGUUUACUACAGGAAUAUCUUUCUGUCCCUCUCUUUUUAUUGUUGUUGUUUGUUAUUGUGUUAUAGUUUUCCUGUUCUGUUAAGUCCACAAAAAAAUUGCAUAAUCAUGAUGAGACUAUUUUACUAAAGGAGACUAAAAUGAAAAAGAGCCCAUGGCUAAUUGCAAAAAUAUCAUAUAUCAGAUUUUUUUUAUUUGGAUGUGAUUUAAAUUAUAUGAAGAGGGCAUGGAUUUUGAAGAAUUAGAAUUUGAACAGGGGUGGGAAGUGCAACCAGUGUGCCAAAAUGUCUUCCCAUACAUUAGCUUCUCUUUAAAGUGUACCUGUAUGUCACUGAGAUGCCUUAGAGGUUUGUAUGUAGCUGCCUAUUGUCAGUCUGUGAGGCCUUUGAAUAUAUCUCCCAUCGUCACAAACAUUUAUGUUGUUAACAGAAGAUAAUUCACACAUUCAUCUUUUAUGACUAACUGAAACGCCAGGUAUUCAGGUUGGGACACUUUGCUAUUGCUGCUCUCUGGCGUCCAAGAGACAAGGGAGUAAGAGAAACAGAACUGAGCCCAAAUCUCUGCCCUAUCCUCGGACUUCUCUCCUCUGCAGAGACUUGUAGCCUUGUGGCCUAAAUGGCUGCUAGCUCUGCGACCCUUUGCUGUGACAUGGCAGGUAUCUGAUUACUGCCACCUACUGUGUGAAGAUGUUCAGUCUGCCUUUUCUCUAUUUCUGUCUUAGCGACACCUGCAAGGUCAUUACCACUGCUACAUGGGUGCACUGUUCAGUUUAAUAUACACAAACCAUUCACUGGCUUCAUCAGCACUCAUUUUAAAUGCUACUACUCACAUUUUAUUAGCCAACAUUACAAUCUUAUCUCUGACCAUUGCACUGCCACUGAUGCUACAGAACAACAUAUUUCUUUUUUGUUUUCAAAUAUUUAGAAUCCAAUUUAACAUUAUAGGUCCUGGAGUAUUAUUGAAUUAUCGGGGCCCACCAGAAACAAGUCUCUAACUUGUGCUGAUGUGUCGGUGGAGGAGCACUUUUAAAGCCGUUUUUCUCUCAUUGGUUGUUUGUAUACUAUUCGGCUCCUCUGGCAACUUGUGAUUGUGUUUGCCAAGAGUAUUUCUGUCAUUUGUAUUUACUGAUCUUCACUGUUGAAACCUGGUUGGAAGCUCCAUGUUGCCAUCAUUUCUAUUUUCCCUUUGCAGUUGGACAAAGAUCAUACUGAGUUCAUACUUUAAAAGCCUUAUGGUGAAAGUGCUGUAAACCUACACUUAUUUUAGUUUUAAAAUGCUUUUGCCAUAGAGUAUGUAAAAAAAAAAA